AUGCAAAAAGGUCUGGAAGACCAUCAAAAAUUGCAUGGGACCACUUUAAUAAAGGCAAUGUGGAAAUAUGACGCAAAUCAAAUCGUAAAUGUUGUAAUGAUGUUUGUUAAUCAAUUAAAAUCCGGAUAUAAAAUUACAAAUUAA